UGGACUGGAGCUGGACUGGAGCUGGACUGGAGCUGGACUGGAGUGGGACUGGAGCUGGACUGGAGCUGGACUGGAGCUGGACUCGAGAGGGAUGACAGGAGCUGAAUUUUGUUUCAGUUUCGAGGCUCAGAGGCUCGUUCCCGGCUUUAUUUACCUUACCUCAGAAAAACGAGGAGGUAGGAAGGAAGAAAAGGAAGCAGGAAAGGAAAGAGGAAGGCAACAUGAGAGCAGCAGGAACAAAAGAAGGAGACAGUGGAGGAGGAGAGGGAGGAUAGGAAGCUAAAGGGGAUGCACCCCGAGGGAGAGGAAACAGGUAGAGCAGGCUGGUCUGAGGGAGUCUCUCUCUCUCUGUGUCGGUCCGUCGCUCUGAGGGAAGUUUGAGUCUGAGAGAGAGAGCGAGGAGUCACUGAGGAGUCACUGAGAGUCACUGAGAGUCACUGAGAGUCACUGAGAGUCACUGAGAGUCACUGAGAGUCACUGAGAGUCACUGAGAGUCACUGAGAGUCACUGAGGACGGACUGAGACCACGUUGAAACCAUGGCUGUGAAUAAAUGCGUCAAAUUUCUCCUCUUCUUCUUCAACCUGCUCUUCUGGAUCAGUGGAUGCAUCAUCAUGGGCGUCUUCAUUUACCUGAAAGUGAACAAAGAUGGGAACUCGAUCACUAACGAAUCCCUCCCCGGCAUCGACCUGAUGAUCGCCAUCGGGGUCAUCGUCAUGGUGCUCGGCUUCCUCGGCUGCUGUGGAGCGAUCAGAGAGAACCGCUGCAUGCUGCUGCUGUUCUUCAUCAGCCUCCUCAUCAUCUUCAUCCUCCUGCUGGCAGCAGGAAUCCUGGGAGCUGUGGGCGAGGAGAAGGUGAAUGACUGGAUGAAGGAACGUCUGGAGAAAUUCAAACCGCUGUCCAAACAACCGGAGAACGUGAAGGCUGACCUGGAGAAACUACAGGCGGAGCUGCAGUGUUGUGGUCUCAUGGUGGGACCAGCAGACUGGGAGGGAAGUGUUCCCAGCUCCUGCAAGUGCAACGCUACAAUGUCAGACACCUGCACACCCGGCACCAACUACCAAACGCCCUGUGCCACCAAGAUUGUGGAGCUGAUGCAGGGAAACAUGAAGAUAGUUCUGGGAAUCGCCUUCGCCAUCGCCAUCCUGCUGAUCUUCGGGAUGGUCUUGUCCAUGAUUCUCUACUGCCAGAUCAGCAGGAAGGACGGCGCCACCAACCCGACCUCCACCAACGCUUGAGCUGCCACGUGAGGCCACGCCCCUUAUUGCCUGGCAACAGCCAAUCAGCAGUGCCCAUAUGACCCAUAUGACCCACACCAUGUGUCCUCAGUGCCGAUGUAACUUUAACUGUGGAGGAACACGCUGAUGAUUUAAUAUUUCAUAAUAAUAAACACAAACUGUCGUCAAUGUGACGAUCUGUGCUAGCUAACCUUAGAAAUAAUACACAUGGGAAUAUUAGAGAUUCAAAUAUUAGAGAUUCAAAUAUUAGAGAUUCAAAUAUUAGAGAUUCAAAUAUUAGAGAUUCAAAUAUUAGAGAUUCAAAUAUUAGAGAUUCAAAUAUUAGAGAUGAAUUAGGUGUAAGAGUGUCUGUUUGAGAAUUAAAGCGUGUCUCUGUCUGUUUGUUUUUGUGAUUAAUGUUCAGAAUGAAAAGUUAAAACAUUCUCUAAUUAUCAGCGUGUUCCUUUAAAUGAUCGUAGAUGUUUCUUUAUGUUGUUACAGAAUAACACGACUCAUGUCGCCUCAUGGAACAAAAUGUAUUCAUCCUCUCUGUCACGACUCCGGCUGAUUCGUAUGGAAGCCCGUUAAUGCCAAAAAUAAAGACAAACCCCAAGUGGUCUCUCUGAAGCAGCCGCUCCUAAAGUUGACUACCUGAGUCUUAAUCUGAGAGUAAUCUGAGACCCUUUAAUCUCACGUCUCUGAUCCACUUUAAGACAAAUGUAAAAUAAUUUAUCUUUAAUUUUUAUUCUCAUUUCAUAAACAGAUUUUUUUUUACCCUUGGUUUAAGCAACAAAAUAAAUGCAGAUUUAAUCUUUGAACAUGUAGAAUGAUUAGAUUAUAUGAAGUGUUCAUUUGCAAAAACAGAUAACUCACUUUUAAAAAAUUUAAAAAAUGUUUCAAAAAACUUUUUUUUCUAUAACUAGCUGUAGGUAUUAUCAUUCAACUGAAGUUUGGUGGCUUUGACUCAGUAAAAAUGACAUUCAUAAUUAGAGGUAUCUCAAAAAUGUAACUUUAUUAAAAAUGUAUUUAAAAAGAAAAAUAAGUUUUUGGGAAAUUUAUAAAAAUGGAGUUAUCUGUUUUUGCAAAAUGAAGUCUUCAUAUAUUCUUUAUUAUAAAUGCCCUCUCAUAGGUAAACUGCAAUACCAUCAGAGCCCACUAGGGGGCAUUGUUUUACUUUUUAUACACAGGACACAUUUUUAUUAUAUUAACAUUGAUAAUAUUCUUUAUGAUCACUGCUGUAAUAAAGAUUUUAGAUUUCUGUCAGAGUAUAAAUUCUGAUGUUUUUUCUCUUAUUGGCGUUAACGGCCUUCCAUACAACGUUCAUUACUCUGCUGUCGCUGUCUGUCUCAAACGCCUGCUGCCAUUUUGGAACAUGUUGCUUUAAAUUCUCAGGAAGUGGAAGUUAUUGUGAGUGAUCGUUCCGUUCUGUGAUAACAUGCUAUAAAUAUAUAACUCACCUUUUUAUCAACGAGGCGUUUAAACAGAUAUUUAAUCUCAUCCUUCUUUUUUAUCAUCAUGUUGGAGCUGAACUUGAUCCUCCUUCUGUUUGCACUGAGUCCUGUUCCUGUGUCCUGAUCAUUAUGUUUCACUGGCUCCAGUUUGAAACUGGUUUUAAUGGUCACAUGUCAUCAUACCUGUGAAGUUGAGUUCACGCCUCGUUGUCCUCUGAUGAUGGUAAAUAAAAACAGGAAGGAUUAAAUCAGAUUAAAGGAGCACGUCAGGAUUUAAAGGGGUGCAGGUAUUUUUCUGUUGAUGCCAUCCUGAAGGUUUAUAAUCACACCACAGUAAACCAAGCUAACCCUGACUGUCAGGUCCUCCAUGGUUAUCCUCUGAAGGUCAAUAAAGAAAACCUGUCUGAUGA